AUGUCGGCUGCGCUAAACCUUCCCUGGUGUAUCUCAAUAUUCUUUGUUGAGUUUCAAGCAUAUUUCGGCCAAGAUUAUUCAAGAACAGCUUGGAUACAUUCAAUAGUUGAUUGUUCCACUAUGCUAUUUGCGCCAUUUGGAAGCUAUGUGAGUAAUCACUUUUCCUGUCAAGUGGGAAUCAUACUUGGUGGCCUGCUUGCUUCUACUGGACUAGUUCUAAGUUCUUUUGCCACGAGCUUGGAGUACCUCUACCUCACACUAGGAGUCCUCACAGGUCUGGGAUUUGCACUUUGUUAUAGUCCUGCUAUUGCAAUGGUAGGAAAAUACUUUGACAAAAGAAAAGCCUUGGCAUAUGGGAUUGCCAUGUCUGGGAGUGGAAUUGGCACCUUUAUUUUAGCACCUGUUGUUCAGAUGCUUAUUGAACAGUAUUCCUGGCAAGGAGCAUUGCUUAUACUUGGUGGAUUUGUUUCAAAUCUUUGUGUCUGUGGUGCACUAAUGAGGCCGAUAAACGUUCAGGAGGAUUUCACUCAGUACCAACUAAAUCAAGAUCAGAUACACGACGAAUCAAAGAACAACAGUACACAUUUAAUGGAAUGCUCACCAAUAAGCCAAGAAUGUACUUCUAAAAGUCUUUGCUUCUGCUCAAAGCAGGAAUACAGCUUUAUACUGAAGCCAAAUUUCAUAAUACUUGCAGUAUCCUUUCUGUUUCUAGCCUAUGGAUGUAGUCCUCCAUUUGUCUACCUUGUGCCUUAUGCUUUAAGUGUUGGUGUUACUCAUCAGGAGGCUGCUUUCCUAAUGUCCAUCCUUGGAGUAAUAGACAUUAUUGGCAACAUCACCUUCGGAUGGCUAACAGACACAAGAUUCCUGAAGAAGUACCGGUAUACGUGUUAUCUCAUAGCAGUGGCACUAGAUGGUCUUUGUUGCCUUUUUCUUCCUAUUCUUCGAUGCUUUCAGCUGCUUGUGCCAUUCUCUAUUUCAUUUGGAUAUUUUGAUGGAGCCUAUGUGGCUUUAAUUCCUGUUGUUACUGGAGAUGUUGUGGGUACUUCCAGCUUAUCAUCUGCCCUUGGAGUGGUUUUUUUCCUUCAUGCAGUGCCAUACUUGGUGAGCCCUCCUAUAGCAGGUUUGCUGGUAGACGUAACGGGUAACUACACUGCAUCAUUCCUCAUAAGUGGAUUUUCUAUGAUAUUCUGUGCAUUAGUAUUAUCGUUUGUGAAGAUAAUAAAGAAAAUAAAGAACAAACAAUUGACAUUGAAUGUGCCAACAUCAGACACUAGGCAAGAAAUUUGAUCUAAUUGAUAAAUCCAAUACCAGAAUUGAGCAUUGUAUAGAAGUUUAUGUGGACUAAUAAAUAACUUUUAUUUCAACAUGGAAA